AUGACUUCAGGGGAUUACACAGACAUACUGGCGGAAGGCGAAGGCGAGGAUGAGGAGGCACAAAUUGUCCAGGACAGAGGCUCUGCGCAGAGAAUGACGACAGGAGUAGGGAAUAUCGGUGGUCUGACCAACAAAACUAGAUCAGAUCUUGCGUACGCUGUCAGCUUGCGUCAAAGAGCAGCUGCACAUACCUUUGGGACAGCGUGGAAGACUGCUCUUGGACUUUGGUAUACUCGACAACAUUUGAAUGUCCAAAGUCUCCUCAUAGAUUGA